CCUCUUUGGUUCUGUUCUCGCCUGUGAUUGGUCGGCGGCGCUCCCCUUCCUGUCGAAGCUUCCAGACGGGUCCGUGUGAAGAUGUUCGGGCAGCAGGUUUUAGUUCUCAAUCAGAACGUGAAGAGAGAAUCUGGGCGAAAAGUCCAGACCGGCAACAUCAACGCUGCCAAGACCAUCGCAGAUGUGAUCCGGACCUGCCUCGGCCCUCGGGCCAUGAUGAAGAUGCUGCUCGACCCGACUGGAGGAAUCGUCAUGACCAACGACGGGAACGCCAUCCUCAGAGAGAUCCAGGUGCAGCAUCCGGCCGCCAAGUCCAUGAUGGAGAUCAGCAGAACCCAGGACGAGGAGGUGGGAGACGGAACCACGUCUGUCAUCAUCCUGGCGGGGGAGAUGUUGUCUGUGGCUGAGCAGUUCUUGGAGCAGCAGAUGCAUCCCACAGUGAUCAUCGGAGCCUACAGGAAAGCUCUGGACGACAUGCUCCACACACUCAAGGAAAUCAGCGUUCCCGUGGACACCUCGGAUCGUUCCAUGAUGUUGAAGAUCAUCCACUCGGCCAUAAACACCAAAGCUCUGAGCCGCUGGAGCGACUUGGCCUGUUCCAUCGCCCUGGACGCCGUCAAGACCGUCGAGCUCGAGGAGAACGGACGCAAGGAGAUCGACAUCAAGAAGUACGCCAAAGUCGAGAAGGUUCCUGGGGGAAUCAUCGAGGACUCGUACGUCCUCAGAGGCGUCAUGAUCAACAAAGACGUGACUCACCCCAGAAUGAGACGCAACAUCAAGAACCCGAGAAUCAUCCUCCUGGACUGCAGCCUGGAGUACAAGAAAGGAGAGAGUCAGACGGACAUCGAGAUGUCGAAGGAGGAAGACUUUGCUCGGAUCCUUCAGAUGGAGGAGGAGUACAUCCAGCAGAUCUGUGAGGACAUCAUCAGACUCCAGCCCGACCUCGUCUUCACCGAGAAGGGCAUCUCAGAUCUGGCGCAGCAUUAUCUGGUGAAGGCGAAUAUCACGGCCAUCCGCCGAGUCCGAAAAACUGACAACAACCGGAUCGCCAGGGCGUGCGGCGCUCGGAUCGUGAGCCGUACAGACGAGCUGCGUGAGGAGGACGUGGGUUUGGGAGCCGGACUCUUCGAGGUGAAGAAAAUCGGAGACGAAUAUUUCACUUUCAUCACAGAAUGUAAAGAUCCUAAAGCCUGCACCAUCCUCCUGAGAGGAGCCAGCAAAGAGAUACUCGCUGAGGUGGAGCGUAACCUUCAGGACGCCAUGCAGGUUUGUCGUAACGUGGUUCUGGAGCCGGCGCUGUUGGCGGGCGGCGGCGCCGUGGAGAUGGCCGUGUCCAAGCGUCUGGCGGAGCGGUCGCGGGCGCUCAAGGGGGUGGAGCAGUGGCCGUACCGCGCCGUGGGUCAGGCCCUUGAGGUCAUCCCCAGAACCCUGAUCCAGAACUGUGGAGCGUCCACCAUCCGAGUGCUCACCUCGCUCAGGGCGAAACAUGCGUCUGAAGACGGCGUCUCGUGGGGCGUGAACGGAGAAACCGGCGCAAUCUGUGACAUGACGUCACUCGGAAUCUGGGAACCGCUCGCCGUCAAGGCUCAGACCUACAAGACCGCCGUCGAGACGGCGAUUCUGCUGCUGAGGAUCGACGACAUCGUCUCCGGACACAAGAAAAAAGACAAAGACGAACAAACCGGAGGCACCGGCGCCGAGUGAAGACGACAGGGGGGACAGGGGGCGCCCUGCCGACCGACAGGGGGCGCCUGCCGACCGACAGGGGGCGCCCUGCCGACCGACAGGGGGCGCCCUGCCGACCGACAGGGGGCGCCCUGCCGACCGACAGGGGGCGCCUGCCGACCGACAGGGGGCGACCUGCCGACCGACAGGGGGCGACCUGCCGACCGACAGGGGGAGGCUCUGUUGAUGUGUCUGUAGUUUGGAGUUUGUGGAGUUUUGUUGAAAACAAUAAAAGUGUUAAACUCUG